UUAUUUUCUUCUCUCCCUUCCUCUCUCUCACUUUUCACGUUUCCCCUCUUUCUCUUAGCUCUCAAAUCGAUGGCUUCUAAUGCCAUCCUCUCCCUCCUACUAGCCAUCCUCUCCUUGGCCUCGUAUCACACGAUAGCUACAGACCCAGGCAUUCUGCAGGACUUCUGCGUUGCCGACAAUUCAUCUACUUCAUUUGUGAACGGGAACUUGUGCAAGAACCCGAGCUUGGUCACCGCAGACGAUUUCUUCUAUGCAGGGUUGGCUCGAGCCGGAAACACGACAAACCAGUUGGGAUCGGUGGUGACGCCGGCUUUUGUGCAGCAAUUCCCUGGGGCGAACACUCUCGGCAACUCCAUGGCUCGUAUAGACUUUGCGCCUUAUGGAGUUAACCCACCGCACACUCAUCCGAGGGCGAGCGAGAUACUUACGGUGCUGAAGGGCGAGCUCAUUGUUGGCUUUGUCACCUCCAACCCGGACUACAAGCUCUUCACUAAAAUAAUUCAUGAGGGCGAAAUGUAUGUCUUCCCUCAAGGUCUCGUCCACUUUCAGAUCAAUAUCGGGAAGAAUAAUGCGGUGGCUCUGGCCGCAUUGAGCAGCCAGAAUCCUGGUGUGGUGAGGGUGGCAAACGCUGCCUUCGGAUCGAAUCCGUCUAUCAUUCCUAUUGUUUUGGAGAAGGCGUUCCAGCUUGAUGAGAACAUUGUCCGAAUGCUCCAGGCCAAGUUCUCCGCCGUCAAUAAUUAA